GCUCCGAUUCCGAAACGGCCGAAACGGCUUUCACACUGGCAGCCUCUCUCUCUCUCUCUCUCACCAUUCUCGCAGAUCCAGACGAAACCACCGGAAAGAAAAUUUUCAAAUCCCGAAGCGGAUUCGCGCACGGAAACCCACCGUCUCCGGCGCGCGAGAGAGGCUCGUAGCGGCGGCGGCGGGCCAUGGGGAACAGCAUAUACAGGUUCCUGUGCGGCCUCUGCUCGCCGGCGUCGGACUACCGGCCGCACGGCGCGCACCCGGCCGUCGCGGCGCUCGGCCGAGACAUCCAGCGAUUUGAGGCCACCUCGCAGGUUCCGGAUGGGCUGAGCCGGCAUGUGGUCUCCUCCAAGAAAGCGCAGGCUAAUUGGUACAAGAAGCUGAUAGUGACAUGGAAGAAAGCCAGGCCGACUCCGAGGACGCCGGAGGAAGCCGCUCGGCUCGUCAUCACGACGCUGAAAAAUCAUCAGAAAGCAGACGUUGAGGGAUUCUUGGUGUUCUAUGGCCUUCCAAUUCCAAAUGCAGCUGCGAGUACUCCUGUGCCUCACACUACACACGCGUCAAAACCUGAAGGUUGCAAGUUUGAGCUGCACACACUCCCGGUGGAUGCAAAGGCUGUUGCCGACGGCGAUACGAUCACCGUGUACGUUGAUACGGCCGAUCCUCGGGAGUCCGGCAGUGUGCCCCGUGAAGUUCAGAAAGCCGCGGCGGAGCGGACAAAGGCGCGCUCGGUCAGGGACUACCAGAAGGCUGACGGGUUACAGAAGAUCAUAGCGGACGCAGGAUAUAGGCAAGUUCCUAAUGCGAGAGGCGAAGAAGUCCUCGCAAAGAAGUACAGGAUCAGGCUAAGAGGGAUUGAUGCGCCGGAGAGCGCCAUGCCGUACGGCAAGGAGGCAAAAGAGGCCCUUCUGAAACUGGUGCAGGGUAAGAGCUUAAAGGUCUAUGUAUAUGAUGAGGACCGGUAUGGUAGAUGCGUCGGAGAUAUCUACUGUGAUGGCGUAUUUGUGCAGGAGCAAAUGCUGAAGAAAGGAUGUGCUUGGCACUACACUGCCUAUGAUCAACGCCCAGAACUAGCCAAGUGGGAGAAACAGGCGCAGUCUGGCCGGAAGGGCUUGUGGGCGUCGUCAAGGCCACAGAAGCCGUGGGAAUGGAGGAGGGACAAGCGCAACGGUACAGCAUGAAUGUGAUGCAAGAGUUCUACGUUGUGUGAUGCGAGUUGUGGCCAUGAACACUUGAACAGCAGCUGAUUGAUUCUUGUAGCUCUUUCGGAGUUGUAACCCGGGGAGAUGUAUACUUACACCACUGUAGAAGUGUAGACCAUGGAGUGCGUGUGCACUAGUACAUUGGCACAGGGGUGUUGUCAAGGAGAAAGAAAUUGAUUGAUUGGUGUGUACUCUAGCAGUCUAGCUAACUGCAUAUGGUGAUUUGUUCUGUAAUUGCAUCGGACAAUUGUAUUGUUGUACAACUGAAAA